CCAGCAUGUCUACCUGGGCAGAGCAAGAUAUCCGGCUGGAUCCCGCCAUCAGAAAUUGGGUGCUACUACCGAUCACAUUUGUGAUGUUACUAGUCGGGAUUCUGCGACAUUAUGCCAUGCAAUUACUGCAUAGCGAUCCGAAGCCGAUCGGCUUGAAGCAAUUACGAGAACAGAGAGCAUUGAUGAGAUCCGGAUAUUUCAGGAACAACUGUCACUUUCUAUCGCCCUCAAGAUUCGAAGAACGAAGGAAUCGAUUGAUCAACGCUUUUCUCGACGGUCAUUACCUGAGUGAAACCGGUAAACCUCAAUCUAAGUCGGUCAUCACCGAUCCCAACAAUCCGAAAUCUGCGGGUAAUCAGGACGAGCUUCCUCCUGCUAACCCUCCCAAUCCUCUCGAUCCUGCUAACAUGGAAGGAAUGAUGGAUGGAAUGAAGAAACAGAUGGUGAUGAUGAUCCCGCAGACUGUGAUCAUGGGUUGGAUUAACGCCUUCUUUUUUGGGUUUGUUUGUGUCAAAUUACCUUUCCCGCUACCCAAUGGAUUCAAGCAGAUGCUUCAAAGAGGAAUAGAAACCCGUGACAUGGACAUCAGCUGGGUAUCAUCACUAUCUUGGUACUUUCUUAACCUGUUUGGACUCAACCCUCUAUACAGACUAAUCUUAGGAGACGGGAAUGCUGCCGAUGGUACGGCUUCGUUAGCGAUGGGAGGGGCAUCAAAUAUGGCGGCAGUGAUGCCAGGACAACAGGUGGACUACAAGAAACUCUACCAAACAGAGGUCGAAAACCUCAAGUUGGUCGAUCAUCAAUACGUCUGUGAUCCAAUCGUCAAUCUACAGUUAGAUGAUAUCGAAACCAGAAUCCUGAAAAUGUACAAGAAUUGAACCCUUCGGAUUGUGAUUGAUAUAGACGUUGUCAUGAUCCGAUCUCCGAUGUGUUUUAUCUGAACUGGAAGGGACAUUUGUAAUUGCAUAACAAGACAUCGAACUGGUCCAAAGUCAUUGGGCCCACCGCCUUCCAGUACACAAGGCCAGAGUGAAAAUUGUAAUAGAAGCAAUGUAUGCCAAUGAUAAUAGUCAAGUCGAUCCAUUUUUUUUGUUGCUUCGUCUGUAAACUGCCCGUAUCUUAUCUUGAAAAUUAUAUUUUAACAUGUAUAUAGACCUGUCCGGAUUAAUUUCGACUGACCCGGUGCAAAGUGUGUCCACCCUGUCCGUAUGACUCAAGAAAAUGUU